AUGACCCCCAUCGUUGGCUUGGGCAUCUACUCGAACAACAACAACAACGGAAUGCCGACCCCGGUGACAGAGGGAAACAGGCACGACUCACACAACGAUGAUGCCAACGACAAGAACGACAGCAACGAAGUCAUCUACAUCGACGAUGACGAUAAUGAUGACAACCACCACGACGAAUCCAGGUACUCUCCAAGGUGCAGCGGCAGGAACCACCAACAGCAUCUGCAGCAGCACGUAGACGACAGUCCGAUCAUCGAACGAAGCCGAAGAAGGCGCGAGAGGCUGCAACGCUACAGAAGACCGACGGCACAGGAAAAGGAGAGGGCUAUACGCAAAGCACUCAAGAAACCAAUGGACGACGACGCGGUGACGAUCAGAUACAGAUCGAAAGCACAAGGAGAAGCGCUCGGGAGAAUCAUGGACGGUGGGUUCAACGUUCUCACCGUCGUUCUGCCGACAGCCGGAGGCAAGACUCUACUCUUCACCGCACCCGCUUGUCUGGAAGAAGACGUCGGGGUGACCAUCGUGGUGGUACCGUUCCGCAAGCUCAUCGACGAGACGGUGCGAGAAGCACAAAAGACGGUGGGUGACUGUGAAGAAUGGAGUCACAGCACCGUCGAUCCAGCAGCUCUCGUGGUCGUCAGCGUGGACAAGAUGCACGAUCACUUCUGGUCGUACGCACGGCAGAUGGCGGAGCAGGGCCGACUGAGACGAGUGGUGGUGGACGAGUGCCACUUGCUGGUGACUUCGCACAGCUGGAGACCGCAUCUCGUGGAGCUGGAGAAGCUCAAGUCACUAGGAGUACCGAUGGUGAUGCUGACGGCCACACUCCCAAGGUACAUGGAGGUCGAGCUACGACGAAGUCUAGGUAUCGGCAUCGGAAUGAUGUCGCUCAUACGAGCAUGCACGGUGAGGGAGAACAUCACUUACACCGUCAGACAGGACAUCGGCAAAGGCAAGCUGGUCGAAGAGACGGCCAGAGUGUGCGAAGAGGUCGCCGACGAGCUACGGAGCACCAGGAAAGAGAAGGCCGUCGUCUACUGCCGAAGCAAGAAAGACUGCGAGGAGAUGGCGGAAAAGCUAGGCUGCGGCUUCUUCUACGCCGGACACGUCGACGGCGGGGAAACGCUAGAGCAGUGGAAGGCGAACGGCGGCUUCAUCGUGUCGACGACAGCUCUCAGCACCGGACUCAACUACGAGGCCGUCAAGGCGGUCAUCCACUCGGGACUGCCAUACGGACUGAUCGAGUUCGCCCAAGCAUCGGGCAGAGCGGGUCGAGAUCCCAACGAGAGAGUGGACUCGAUCGUACUGCUGGAGCAAGGGUGGGAGGAAGAAGAGCAAGGGACGCGGGAGCGUUACAACGAGGCACUCGGACCGGACGGAGCAGCGAUGAUGGAGUACAUCAAGACGGAGGGUUGUCGAAGGCUGGUGCUAGGCAAGUACUUCGAUGCGGCAGAAACGAUCCAGGAGUGUCACGACAGCAGCAGCAGCGGCAGCGACAACAACAACAGCGAGACCGAGAGCGAGACGAACUGUAGUAAUGGCGGCAGCCGCCAGCAUCACGCCCCAAAGCUCCGUGCGACAGGUGUGGUGGUGGAAUGGUGGCAGCAGGUACAGAGCUGGUCAGGCAGUCCGAGCUGGAAAAGGAGAUGGUCGAAGAGGCUCUAG